UGGGGACUACAUUCUGUAUCACCUCCGCUCUAACCGGAAGUGAUUUUAUCCGCCAUUCAACGAAGGUGUCGGUUCAUUGCUUUGUGGGUUUUGGAUAAGUUUGGUAUUAAAAUGGCAGAACAAAAUGAAGAGCCCGUUGAAGUUGGAGAAGAUGACGUAGACAAUCCUAACUACAAACCACCUGCGCAGAAGACGCUUAAUGAGAUCCAGAAGCUGGAUGAAGAUGAUGAGAGCUUACAGAAGUACAAGAAGACGUUGCUUGGGGAAGUCAGUGAUCCACCAAAGCCUGACGAUCCCCGCAAUGUUAUUGUAGAAAAACUGGCUUUCUGCUCAGAGGGCCGAGCAGAAAUAGAGAUGGAUCUCACAGGUGAACUGUCAAAGCUGAGAACAUUUAUCGUAAAAGAAGGAACACAAUAUAAGAUAAAAAUCUACUUCUAUGUGCAAAGGGAAAUUGUCUGUGGCCUGGUGUAUAAACAGAAAAUUACCAGGAAAGGAAUUUCUAUGGAGACCAUGAAGAUGAUGGUUGGCAGCUACGGUCCGAAGAAGGAACUCCACUGCUACACAACAGCCUUGGAAGAUGUCCCCUCAGGAAUGUUGGCCCGAGGCACAUACGUCAUCAAAAGUCUAUUCACAGAUGAUGAUAAGAACAAGUACUUGGAGUGGCAGUUCGGAAUGGAAAUAAAGAAGGACUGGCAAGACUGAACGAUCAAUGAAGCCACUGUGUAUGAAAUGUACAGUUUUAUAUUUCUUUAAGCCCCCGUUACAUAUUUUAGUUCUGUCUGUUUGAUGCUGCUGGUUAUUGAGACACUAUUGUUUCUACAAAUAGCAUGUCUACAUAAUGAUGUAUGCAUACCGUGACAGUAAUCGUCUGGCAUCCAUUAAAGGGACUCUUUGGGAAGCUGUUCUGGGGCUUUGUCAAAUAGUGCUUGGUGAUAAAUGUGGGAUUUGACACAACAAAUGCAUAAAAUCUGGUAAAUUUGUUGGAAUUUCCUUGUUUCCCUGGCAACCACCUGCAACAUUGAGAGCCUAGCAGAUUGAAUCAGUGUAUGAAUGUUCUCUGCAUGUUCAUUCUCAAGAGUCCCUAUAAUUGCCUGCGAUACAAUCUCUGCUUUGUCCCAUAAUGACCACAUAUCUAUAUUUUAAGCUAAGGUUCAUAUUCAUGUAGCCACGGUAACCACAUUUGUAAUCAUGAAUCUCUUCAUUCCUGUUGGUGAACUUUCAUGAUAAGUAUUCAAGUUAUUAGUAAUGUGUAUGCUAUUUCAAAAGUGAAGUAUUAUUUCGAUGCCUUUGUACUUCCGUAGCUCACAGCAUCAGAUACUCAGUACAUUAUGAUUGUGACGCGACCAACAUUUCCGAAUCCAGGGAUACUGCUGGCAGCCAGCCGUAGCGUAUACAUAUUUCAGUUUUGAUGUACAUUUCCCUUCACAGUACAGUCUUUCAGAAUGGUUUAACAUCAAAAUAUUUUGCUACAUAUUUUUAUUUAAAUACAGUAUGCCAGAAUUUGUUGAGAGUAAGUCAUUGUGCAAAAUGUCAGAUGUUGAUCGUGUUGAUAAAUAUUGCACUAUUUUUAACAGCUUUCUUUCCUAUUGGGGUCAUUGGAAAAUUGGUUUUUGGAAUAGAUUCCGGUUGUAAUAGAAUGUCAACAGCAUAUCAACUGUUCAGCUACUCCAUAUUUUGACUUUUGGGUGGAAAACACCAUGUUCUAACGGCUUGAUGAUUUUUAGACAUUUUACAAGUACAAGUUUUUGUCAGAGCUGGAAUUAAGAUGCUUUGAAAUAUUUUUCUUAUCAUGGACAUAAUUAAUUGUUUCAAGAUGUUCCUUACUGUACACAUUUGAGGUACCGGGUAUGUUUUGAUAAUUCCCGUUUCUUUAACCGCAACAUUUGUACUAUAUACAUAUGCUUUUUAUCUUGGAAAAUGUGUGUUCAUUUGGUAUUUUGUGGCAGUUGGGUGCUUGUAGAAUGCUUUACAUGUGGUGAGGCAAAAUAUACCUGUUCAUCUGCAGCCUGCACUUGCUACAGGAGUCACGAUUAUCGGCUGUCCACGUGGAACCAGUGAUGCACCAAGACAGUAAUUAACUUGUCAUGUGAGAGGCAGUUUUGUUUCCCAGUGUGACAUGUAAAGUCCUCUGGUAUUCUCUGCCAUGAUACUGUAAUCUCAUACUCGCUAUGUUUGCAAUGGCCACCAUCCCAUAUGUCUGAAUAUGACCAGUCUUGCAAAACACAACUUUCUGUUUCUAAGAUUCCAAAUUUUCUUCUCUAUCCUACAGUUCUGAUUUCAAUUUAUCUUGUAACACACAUUUGAAUGUUGAAUGUCAUGUUGACGCCCCAAAUUAUAUGUCCAUAUUUGGAUGGGUUUGGCCCAACACCCCUUGAGUUUGGCCAGUGGUGCAUCACUGUUCCUGUGCUCUUAGUUGAAUUAUAUGCCUGUGUGAUCUACAGUGACAUUGUUAUGGAUGUAAACAGGGUUACCUCGUGUCUAUCAGUGCAAUACACGUUUUCCCACCCGAGUUCCUCAGCUGUGAACACGAAGGUAGGGGCGGUGGGACAACCAAGUGGUUAUGGCAUUCACUUCUCACGCCGAAGACUCGGGUUCGAUUCCCUACUUGGGUACAAUGUGUGAAGCCCAUUUCUUGUGUCCCCUGCUGUGAUACUGCAAUCCAGACACUGCCCUGUCAAACAUGUUUUCAGUAGCACAGUGCUAGAUACAAACGUGUGAAUGCUAGCCAAGCUUGUAAACCGAUUUUUAAGCUAUAGUGUAAGAGGUCACAAUAUUUGAUCGAUACUAGAAAAUUAUAUAUUUCUGUGUGGUUGGAUCUUUGUGAAGGUACCUUGAAUUCAGCACACAUGAUGAAUGCGAGUUUUCAUCAGAUACCUCAUCUUGCCAUCAACUUCAAGUACCUUAAGUAAUGGUUGCUGGGGACGUACAGGGUAUGUGAAAAUCUCCCCUCCCCUUUCAGAAACUUUACAUGCCAACCAUCACGUUUUGUUCAAUUGGGUAUUGUGUGGACCCAGUUUUUCAAAUCGUAGUUCCACCUGUUUUGUCAAGUAAAGGUCUCUCACUUGGCUGUUAAGCUUCCAUGUUAUCUUCUAACGGUGCUUACUGUCAGCUAUUAUGUCAUCAGGCCAGUGAAAAUACAAACAUUGCGUCUGUCAAAGCCUGUCCACCAAUACCAUUAUUCUGUUUACUAUUGAUAUCUCACCACCAUUGCUUAGUGCUACCGUUACUCCUAUAUUGUCGACAGCAACUUGUCCUGAAGCUAUGCAACUGUUCCUCACAUUGGUCAAAGCUGUAUGUCUUCUGUGGACUCAAUGUCCGACCUUUGCCUUAAUAAAUAUAUGCCUCAUA